AUUGGCGUCUCUCGCGCUGCCCGGCUAGAUUCGACUUGCCUACGUCUCUGGACGACCGAUCGCAAGGCGCAGUGCCGUAUACGAGUUCGCCGACAUUCAUUCAUCCCUGGGGCCGUGCGCGAGAGCCGAGCAAGACGCUACUCGCUCCUCUGCACGCGCGACAUUGCAUAGUUUGGCGCUGAGCCCAUGUCUUCGGCGCCGACGAAGCGCAGGUCGAUCAUAAGCAACAACAGCGACUCUCAUCUCGCCAGCGGCAGCGAGGACGAACACAUCGCGCAGCACAACGGGAGCGCGCACGCCUCUCGACAAGGCGCUGGCCUGUCCUCGGUCUAUUCCUCCCCGAGCAGAUCACGAAGUAGAGCCAGCAUUAGUACACUGACAGCCCAGUCGGGUACCUCUACACCAAGACGAGGUACCCCGGUAGAUUCAGCCGGAUCGCUGCCCGCGAGGAUACCCUCGAGGUCGAAUACGCCUCUGCCAAUUGACUCAGGCGAGCGUAGACAGUCCUCGCUCGAAUUAGACGAUCAGGAAGCCGCGCAACUCAUUGCAGAACCCGGUGGGAUGCCUGCACCGAGCAGAGUAGGAGGAAAGAGCGCGUCCGGCCUGGCGAGCGCGAGCUGGUCUCGUUUGCUAUCGCGGCGCAAUGUCGCAGCAGGCACAGUCUUGCUCAUCUUUGGACUCUAUGCCUUCGGAGGCAGCACGACCCACGAGCUUGGCAAGAGCGCAGUAGGCAGUCUAGCACAUUAUAAAGGGAACGAUGCCAUGCAGCAGGACAUCGGCGAGACGGCCAAUAUGCAAGCCAACCCAAACCAUCCGACCCAGCAGAAGGAGACAUGCUCGAUACCACUCGAUCAACGACCGUCUAGCUAUGCGCUCAUGAUCGAUGCCGGCAGUACAGGCUCCCGCAUACACGUCUACACGUUCACGUAUUGUACCUCUGCCAGCACGCCUUCGAACAAGGACGCUGUGCCUGCACUCGAAUCCGAAGUCUUUGAACAGCUGCAACCCGGUCUUUCGAGCUACAGUGGCAGACCGAGGGAGGCCGCCGAAUCACUAAGGCCGCUGCUAGAGGUCGCAUUGAAGACAAUACCCGAAUCCGAACGCAAGUGCACACCCAUCGCCGUCAAAGCGACUGCGGGACUACGACUGCUUGGCACUUCCGAGUCGCAAGCGAUCUUGACAGAAGUAGAGCGGUGGCUGAGGAAGUCCUAUCCCUUCCACGUCGUCGAUGAUGGAGUCGUCAUCAUGGACGGCCGAGACGAAGGCGUCUACGCUUGGAUUACGAUCAACUAUCUGCUUGGACUCGUCGGACCAGCCGCAAAAGCCACCUCGACGGCUGCAGUCAUGGACCUUGGCGGCGCGUCCACGCAGAUCGUCUUUGAGCCCCACAUGCGGAGUGACAAGAAGCUCUCGCCCGGCGAUCACGUAUACGACCUCAAAUUCUCCAGCGAAGACCAUGUGCUCUAUCAGCACUCGCAUCUUGGCUACGGACUCAUGCAAGCCCGGAGAAGCGUGCACAACCUCAUCGCCUUUACGUAUGUCUGGCAAAGCGCGCCAAAAGGCAAGAGCCUGGCCUGGGAAGAUCUGAAUCAAAGCAUAGAGAUACCUAAUCCUUGUCUCGUCCGGCAGGGCAAGAAGAUGGUCACACUUGAUCCACCUGGUCGACCAAAAGUCAAUGUGACAUUUGUCGGUACGGGCGCAGGCUUUGAUGCCUGCCGCCGAGUCGUCGAUGUCACUAUGGCAAAGGAUGCACUCUGCGAAGUCGAGCCUUGUGCUUUCGGUGGCGUAUACCAGCCCAAGCUCAUGGAAACCUUCGGUCAAGGGCCAAUCUAUGCCCUAUCGUACUUUUACGACAGGAUAGUGCCGCUCGGACUUGGUGCAGACUCGGUGCCAUUCACGAUGAAGCAGCUUCGGGAGCUCACUGCCGAUGUUUGCGCGGGUCCAGAAGGUAGCUCGGAUGGCAAGCAUGGCUGGGCUCGGUUCAGACGGUCAAAGGAAGCAAUGGCCGAGCUUGAGGACCGGCCGGAAUAUUGUCUCGACCUGACAUUCAUGUACAGCUUGCUCGGUUUCGGCUACGAGCUAGCGGAGGAUCGAGAGCUGCAAGUCGGCAAGAAGAUCAAUGAUGUCGAGCUUGGCUGGGCGCUCGGCGCGAGUAUCAGCUUGAUUACGGAUACAGAUCUCAAGUGCGAGAUCUGAUGCGCAAGUAGAUGUACAUCACUGCAUGCUGUGACACGGGG